UAGAAGAGAAGAUGUAGCAGGUGGGGGCUUGGUCAGCUGAACAGAAGAAUACAGAAGACAGCCCAUCUUCCGCUACUGUGACAAGCUCUCUGCUAAUCUGUUGCUGGCCCAGGGAGGCUCCUCUCCUACCCGGCUCCCUCUGGCUCGGAACCCGGGAUGCAGACCCCAACGCCGAUGAUCGCGGGCAUCGCCUGCACGCCGGUGGGGCUGAUCUUGGUCUUCACGGCGGUCAUCACGCCCCAGUGGAGAGAGGGCCACGUGCGACUGGGCAAGGGGUCGGCGGUGAGGACGGACGGGCUGUGGGAGUCCUGCCUGCGGGUGGCCGAGCCGGAGCUCAAGCUCUGCUGGCCCGUGUCGGGGGCCGACCCGCGAGACGCCGGCGUGCUCUGGGCGCGGGGCCUGCUCCUGGGCUCCCUGUUCCUCUCCGGGGUGGGCAUUGUGCUGGCUGGCAUCGGCGCCCGCUGCUGGAUGGACUUCCCACAGCGCAAUGUGGCGGGCGCCAGCGGAGUGGUCAUCAUGCUUUCUGGGCUGCUGUGCCUCGCCACCCUGGGGAUCUAUGCGUGGCACCUGGGGGUACCAGCCCCUGACCACCCCCACAUGCAGCACUGGGGAGGCAGCUCACUCUAUUUUGGCUGGGCGGGGGGCAGUAUUGAAUUCCUGGGAGGGGUGGCCCUCUCUCUGAGCUUCAAACACACUAAAUGCACCUUGUGCACAGCAAAGACCCAGAAUGAGGACAAAGAGGCCUAUGAGCUUAACUGAAGAUGCUUUUACAACCCUACAAUUCCUUAGAUUUUACUCAGAGGACACCAAGGUCAGACUCUGAAAGGGGAUGUACUUUAAGUCAGGCCAGGCAAUUGUGGCAAUGAUCUGCCCCACACAGUCCUAGUCAGACCCAGGAGCAGGGUGGCAGAGCUUCUCAGCCCCUCAACUGGAAUGUCAAGCCUGUUGUUCUGAUUUAAGGGGUUUACUCAUGAGUUUUCAGAAGCUUAGCUAGCUCUGUGAUUGACUGAUUGGAUGGCCUCGUUAUGUCAUUAUUCUCUCUGGCCUGCU